GCGUUGACAGUUUCCGCGUCAUCGAAAGCGAGACAGGUCUGGACGUGUCGAGAAAUACCCUCCUUAUAGGCAUCGAAACGAAGCCCUAACGUUUAGUUAAGAUACACUUCCUAAAGAAAGUGUAUCAAGAUUUUUAGCGAAAAUGAAUGUGUUGCCAAGAACAUCAGCUACCAUGGAAGCUUGGAACAGGAAACGUUCAUACGAAGAUGAUUUGCUGUUGGACCUCCCAUCUCCUAAACGGCCCAAGUACUAUCAUGUACGAUUGGAAAGUGAAUGCAGUUCGAUAACUUCCGAGGGUGAAGAGAGUAUCCAUACAAUUCAAGACCAAGAAACAGAUUUGGCGAGAGAUCCCUCGGAUACAGAUACAAAGUCAGAGGAUAGUGAUUAUGAAUUGAUCGAAUACGAGGUGGCGAGUUUGGAGGAGAGUGAUGGCCCUUUAGAGGGUUACUUAUCAACAUCAAGUGGCUCAGAAGAUAUUUUGCCGGGACUUCAUCUGGACAUUGAGGAUGUUGUAGCGGCCGUCCUAGGUGAUACAUCGCUGGACGCUUGGGGUUACGAUACAGGUCAUAGCUCAACGGAUGAAAUGGACGAUUCAAAACCAGGGAGACAGGCGGAGUUUAAGCAGUGCGCCGAAUGCAAGGGAGAAAACGAUGUACCCCAAUUUAGGCUGUGUACCAGCUGUUUUCAGCACUACAAGUGCAGGGGAUGCAACCUCAUCAAGGACAAUCUCUACUUUUUAUUAUGUAGCUCCUGCUACCAGGUUCGAAAAAAAUUUUAUCCACCCCGUCCCAGACGUUUUCGAAAACAGCGGAGUCCCGAUUUGAACGCAACUUCAGGUUCGGCGCCUUCCUCUUCGUCUUCGGCUGUUAAUAUAGAAAAAUUAAAAUCUUGUUUGGAUGGAAUCUCGCAAGAAGGCAGUCUUCCGUCUUCUCAAGAUUCGGGAUUAGGAGGUAGUCAGGAGAUAUUCGAACUCCAAUUGGAUAAAAUAGUCGUGCCGGAAGCGGCAAUUGAAGAUACGAAAAAGAGGAGAAGAAGUCAAGAUGAAAAUCUUGAAAAAUCGUCGAAAAUUCAGAAGCAAAACGAUGAGGCGUCGACGGAAAAGGAAUUAUGUACCGUUUGUAUGCAAAGUCCGAGAAACGGAGCUGUUAUUCACGGAAAUACUGCACAUGUUUGUUGUUGUUAUAAAUGCGCUAUUAAGUGUUGGAAAUUACAUAAAAAAUGUCCUGUUUGUAAUAGAAACAUAAAAAGUGUGGUGAAAGUAUUUAAUGUUUAAGAAUUUUUUUUUGGUGUGGUUAAAAAAGAAAUAUUUAAACCAAUUCAUGAAUUUCAUGAGAAAAAAUUGGUUGAAUUAUUUCUUUUUUGGGUAUAAUUGUCAUAAUAAGUUUAUAAUGUACUAUAUUGGCCCUAAAUGGAGUGCUUAUUUAUUUUUGUGUUAUAGUUAAGAUUACAAAAAAAAAUAUAUUUAAGUAUGUAGUUGGUUUAAAUUGAAAUAAUAAAGAUAGUAAGCGUUUUAAAUGUUAGUCAAGUUUCAUGCAAGCAUUUGAAACAUUUUUCAUCAAUUAUAUUAUUAUUAACAACCAAAGAACAAAUUAUUUUUGCUUAUUAUUCUUAUUAAGGGGAGCAAAAAUAAAUGUAUUGAAAUUGUAAAAAUUGCUUGCCAAGAUAUCAUCAAAGUGGGAAUAGAAAUCUAAUUUAUUUAGAUAAGAAUUUAGAUUUAAGUUAAGACUGAAAAAGAAUAAAGUACAAGCAAUGUAAAUACUUGAACCGCGUGUAACUUUGUUAAAAAGUUUUCAACACAAUGUUCUUUUUCAUAAUAAAUUGAAAGUGAGUAAAUUUUUGUAUCCGUUCCAUGAAGCUUUUCUUCUAAUUUAUUUUAGAUCGAAUAAGCUGUUUACUGUUUUUUUGCAUUUUCUUGAGAUUGUAACAUUUAACAAUUUGAAACUGUUUUUUUUUGUGCAAUUUAUUAUCAUAUGCAGUUAAUUAAAACUACUAAAAAAGCAAAA